AUUGUUAAAUCCGUAUUACUUUAUUUCGAGUACACUUAUAGAAUAUGCUGGAUACCUUAUUUAAAAGUCACUAUCUUCAAUUUUCUGGUCAGUUAACUGCCUAUUCAUAUCUGAUGUUUAGGUCUUAUAAAGAAAGGUCCUGAUUGCGAAUCAGCCUAUAUAUUAUGAUAUUUAAGUAAUUUAGUCUAAUGAUAAGACAGUAUAGGAAAACCAAUUAAGAAACUAUGCAAUCUUCAGUUAUGGAUUGUAUUAUUUUGAGCGAAGGAGAUCAGGUUGUUAUCUGCGUAACCUUAAAAUUAAGUAACAGUUUACUCAUUUUUGCGAAUAGCUGAAUUCUUGUUUUAACACCGAAACGGCGAAUAACAGAAACAGCUAUGAUUUUCUUAUUAUGUUAGUUUUGAUUAAUUGUUACCAAAUACUCUUCGCAUUUUGCUUCAACCACUGAAUCGACUUUCUGUGGUACGUAUAAAAUGGUAUCAUAGAAGUACAAUGUAUGGAAAUGCUAACAAAAUUACUUCAUCAAAACACGAUAAUUUAGUAUACGGGGUACUUUUUGGACACGAACAAAAACGGGCGCGAGUCGCGUUAGUGGCGUAACCAUACAAAUCUACAACUUAAGAAUAUGUUAGAAGAUAGCACAAAUAUUCCUCAAGAUAUAAGAGUGGUGUGCCACUAAAAUUAACAUCAUAAAAUGAAAGAAUGGCGGGUAAGUUAGGUAAGGAAGAGUGGGAGGGAGUUAAGAUUACCAGAAAUUUGAAUUUCAACGGCUUGGUCUUGUUAUAUUAUUAUUAAUAUUAUUAUAUUAAUAUUUAUAUUACAAAAAGGAAUGACCUUUGAAGACAAUAAGAGCGUGCAUGCAUGUCUUAACCAACCACCUGAGUCCAUCCAUAUUUUCCUGAUUUUUCUGAGGAUGAUUUCCUAAAAAAAUUCUAACGAAAAAUUUUCACAAAGAAAAGAUCAAAGUUUUUCAUCAUACCAAAAUUUGGGACUUUUCACCCCCACAAACAAUUUUUGUCAAUGUUUUUCCUCCCUUUUCCAUUGAUCUUGAUUGCUUGAUCGGAGACCUUCACCUGUUCGCCGUCAGAGGAGCUUAGUUCUUCCCUAAUUCCAUCUACAUUCAUCUGAAAUAGAAAGAUUUAUUCUGUUAUUGCAUGAUUUGUUGGCUGGUUUGGAUAUGAUCUGAAAUUUCGCUUUAUGGGUUGAGAUGAGAUGCCUUUUGUUUUGUGAUUGUCAUCAAUGAUGGUAAUCAGAUUCUGAAGUUUUGGUUGUUCUUGGAUGAAUCUGAGUUGUUGGGUAUCUGGGAUUUUUCCUAUCUCAGUUGGAGAUAAAAGAAAAAUCAUCAUUUCCGACAACAAAAAUAACAAAAGACGGGUUUGAUUGAUUCGACAUGAAUUGCCUACCGUGCUUCCCCAAGGACGAAGAAGAAGCCGCCGCUGAUCCCCAACCACCUCCUCUCAAAAAAGAUUCUCUUGCUCGUAUCGAACCCAAAGAAAACACUUCUUCUUCAUCUAAAGCAAAAAAUUUUACCUUCCGGGAGUUGGCCAUGGCAACAAAAAAUUUCCGGCAGGAAUGCCUGUUAGGAGAAGGUGGAUUCGGAAGAGUAUUCAAAGGGAAGCUUCAAUCUUCUGGCCUGGUUGUCGCUGUAAAGCAGCUAGACAGGAACGGAAUGCAAGGAAACAAGGAGUUCCUUGUCGAGGUGUUGAUGCUCAGUCUUAUCCAGCACUCGAAUUUGGUUAGUCUCAUUGGCUACUGUGCUGACGGAGAUCAACGGCUUCUGGUGUAUGAAUAUCUGCAGAUGGGAUCACUAGAGAAUCUUCUGUUUGGUGAUGAUCCUGAUAAGAAGCCAUUGGAUUGGUACACAAGGAUGAAAAUAGCUUUGGGUGCAGCCAAUGGACUCGAGUAUUUACAUGACAAGGCUAAUCCACCUGUCAUAUAUCGUGAUUUUAAAUCCUCGAAUAUCUUACUAGAUGAAAACUAUGAACCAAAACUGUCUGACUUUGGUCUUGCCAAGCUUGGAGCAGGUGCAGGUAAGGUAAACCCAACAUCAAGGGUAAUGGGAACUUAUGGUUAUUCUGCACCUGAGUACUCAAGUGGUGGAGAGCUUACACUCAAAUCUGACAUUUAUAGCUUUGGAGUUGUAUUCCUAGAGCUUCUCACUGGACGAAAAGCCAUUGACACAACUAGACCAAAUGAUGAACAAAAUUUAGUUACAUGGGCACAACCGAUAUUUAGGGAGCCUAAAAGAUUUCCGGAUUUGGCAGAUCCAAAGCUAAAUAAAGAAUUCCCCUUGACAUGCCUAAACCAAGCUGUUGGCAUUUGUGCAAUGUGUCUUCAAGAAGAACCAUCUGUUCGUCCCUUGAUUGGUGAUGUUGUUGCAGCACUUAGUUUCCUCGCGGUACCUCAACCAAUUACAACUCCUCCCCCACCAGCAAAUUCCCCGCCAUCAGAGCAGAAGAUGGUCUAUGAAAUCGAGACUAGCCAGAGUCAACCGCCCCAUUCAGAUGACAGUGCACGGUAUGAUGGUAGAAUCAGUGAAGAUAGUGAGAGUUCUCAUAGUGAAGAUGAAAGUGGUUCAGAUCAUCAGAAUGAAGGAAGUUGUCAUGAAUUUUCGGUAGAAGAGAAAGAUUACAGUAGUCGAUAUUCAGAGAGAGAAAGUGAACCACGAGAUUCUAGAGGACAGAGCUUUGAUACUUCAGAGGAACAACUCACUUACACAUCAGACUCAGAUAAUAGUGGAGGUGGUAAUACUAAUUAUGAUGAUGCUGAAACUACAGAGCUUGAAGAAAGAUCAGUAGAUUCCAUUGCUAAUUACAGUUUGUACUCUGCUAGAAGUACUGACAGUAGCAUGAAAUCUGAUGCUGGGUAUAAAUCCUCCUUACAUGGAAGUAGUAGGACAUCUUCUCCUACAAAAGUUAAUAAUGGCUCUCGUAGAAGAAAGCCGGUUGUAACAUUUAAAGAACCAAGUUUAAGCGCGAAGAGAAAUGGUACUAGAAGACCCGAGGGUGAACAUAGCAGUUCAGAUAAUAAUAAUAACCAGACUACACUCCCUGCUGCUACAGAUGGUAAACAGCAACAAGAACAACAGCAACAACUAAGUUCAAGUUCAUCAAAUUCAGAAGUUAGCAGUGAAUCUGAGGAUGAGAAGGGGUCUCCAAGACCCGAGGAAGACACACAAAUUCCUUCUCAGAAUAAUGGAAACCAAGAAGAAGCCAUCAGUAGCCCUGAUAGUUUUGACAAUUGUCAUCGAGUUUUUGAGCAAAAUCGUAAAGAAAAUCCACAGUUACGGCAUCUUAAAACCAGGUGAUAUCUAUGUGAAGAGGCUAUACGAUUUUCCAUCUUGUUUCAUAACCGAUUGUUGAACAUAGACAAAUAUAACUUAUUUGGUUAGUAGAACAUUAGCAGCUUAUCAGGCAUUGAGGAGGAUGGCAUAACAUUAUUUUGAGCGAGAGGGGCAAAUACCAGAUCUAGGUUGCUGCAAGAUUUCUUUCCAAGUUUCUCUACAAUUUGUGUUUGUUUGAUCCUAUAAUGACACCUUUCCUUUGUUCUUCUAGUUCUUCUCCCUCUUUUUUUUUACUCCACUUGAAAAACUUGGUAAUUUGUGAGCAACUUCAUUUGGUAUUGGCCUUUUUUGGACUAAAGUUGUUAGAUGUGCAAGACAUGUAGACAGAAGGAGAGAACAUUGAGAAAUUUGUUUAUUUUUAUUUUCAUAACACUUUAUAGUGCUAUGCACAUCAGUUGUAGCAUUCUGAAUUCUGAAGCUGCUUUAGUUAGCGAGUUUUCGGUUGCUUAAAUGAUCAAUCUCUAUUUUAUUUGAACUUGUAUUUGUCUUGUUCAUACAAAGUUAAGAUUACUUAUGUCUGGUUUGCUAAGAUUCUGCAUCAGAAUACUAAGUGUAUGAUUUAAACAGAGUUCCCUGAUUCUGUAAGCUCUGAUUUUGUAGAACAAAAAAAGGAAAUGGAGUAUUGGAAAAUUUGAAAUUGCUUCUUCA